AUGUCCACCAGACCUGUUCUCCGCGCACUUUGGCCUCGGUGCCCUGGAGCUCCGGUGCGACCUGGCCUACAGACCCAUUUUACCUCGCCAUGGCGUUCUUUUGCUUCGAGUUCCCCUCGCUGUGCCGUCCCUAAGCAGCCAAAGCGUGCGCCUCGAACGGUCGCACAACCUUCCGCGCAACCCUCUGCGCAGCCCGCAGCACCUUCAAUUCGCGCCACAGUCCCUUUCAAAGAUGCUGGAAAUCUUGGCAAACUGAAUAUUAAGGUGGCGAGACAGGGAGAAGUGCUAUUGUUCAAGGCACCCAAAAAGCGUGUCUAUAUUCUGAGUGCAUAUGGCCUGUUCGCAGCCUGUAUGGCAUUUUCUGUGUAUCAUGCAGAAACCUAUGUCGCAACCGAAGAUCCUAGGCUGCGCCAGCCCGCUUGGGUGAAGGCCAUGAUGGGUGGUGUUUGCGUGAUCAUGAGUGGUCUCGGCGUUGUUGCAUUGAGCAGGACACAUAACAUCGUCCGCAAAAUGACGGCUUUCCACUCCCAACAUACCUAUCUCCGCUUCGAGGUCCGGCGCCUGGUGCCUUUUAUGAAACCCCGCACGUUUGAAGUACUGCCAUCGCAGGUUUCCUUCCGUCGUCGACUUGUCGUCUCACCACAGGGCGCCGCACGCUAUGAAAGAGAUAGCAUGAAACUUGGACGAGCGGAUCAACCACAGAAGAGCCUCUUGAAGGCACCUAUCGAGGGGCUGAGCCGUGCUUGCUGGGGAGCUUUCAUGUCCGUGCGUCAACUUUUCACCCAGGAAGACUUCAUCCUUUUGGAGAUUGAUGGCAAAGGCAUUUUCCGAGUGGACUCCAACGGCGUUUUGACGGAAGAUUUCCUGGCCCUUGGCAACCCCGUGAAAUACACCGAUCAUUGA